AGACUGAUUUAUAAGUGUCUCAAGCUCCAUUUGUAGAGUCGUGUUUGAAAAAUAAGUUGCCACCCACUCACUCACUCACUCAUUCAUCAAACAUCAAACAUCAAACAUGGCCGCUAACGCAACUUCCCAAACCCUUCGAAUCUCUCCUCCCUCACUUUCUCUCUCAUCCAAACUCCCUCUCUCCUCCGCUUUCUCCGUUUCCCUCCGUCCCAACCGCCGCACCACCCGCUCCCUGGUCGUCUUCGUCUCCUCCGGCCUUGACGCUAAACCCACAGUCCUCGUCGCCGAGAAGCUAGGCGAAGCAGGACUCAAGCUUCUCAAAGACUUCGCCAACGUGGAUUGCUCCUACAAUCUCAGUCCUGAAGAGCUAUGCACCAAGAUCUCGCUAUGUGACGCUCUCAUUGUUCGUAGUGGCACCAAAGUCUCACGUGAAGUCUUUGAAUCCUCUGGUGGUAGACUCAAGGUUGUUGGAAGAGCAGGUGUUGGAAUUGAUAACGUGGAUCUGGCCGCCGCCACUGAACAUGGUUGUUUGGUUGUUAAUGCUCCCACCGCUAACACCGUCGCCGCCGCCGAGCACGGGAUCGCGCUUUUGGCUGCCAUGGCUAGAAACGUUGCUCAGGCUGAUGCUUCCGUUAAAGCUGGGAAAUGGCAGAGGAAUAAGUAUGUUGGAGUUUCCCUAGUUGGGAAGACACUUGCUGUAAUGGGAUUUGGGAAGGUUGGUUCUGAAGUUGCUAGGCGUGCUAAGGGGCUUGGUAUGAACGUUAUUGCUCAUGACCCUUAUGCUCCUGCUGAUCGUGCUCGUGCUAUUGGUGUCGAGCUUGUGAGCUUUGACGAGGCCAUUGGUACUGCUGAUUUCAUCUCUUUGCAUAUGCCCCUUACGCCUGCUACCUCAAAGAUGCUCAACGAUGAGACUUUUGCUAAGAUGAAAAAAGGAGUUCGAAUUGUCAAUGUUGCUCGUGGUGGAGUCAUUGACGAGGAUGCCCUUGUUAGAGCAUUGGAUUCUGGAAUUGUAGCUCAGGCGGCUCUUGACGUUUUCACAGUGGAACCACCUGCCACAGACAGCAAGUUGAUUAUGCAUGAGCUAGUUACUGCAACACCUCAUCUUGGUGCCAGUACUAUGGAAGCUCAAGAAGGUGUGGCUAUUGAAAUAGCAGAAGCUGUCGUUGGGGCUUUGAAAGGGGAGCUUGCUUCUACUGCCGUCAAUGCACCAAUGGUUCCCUCAGAGGUGUUAACAGAGCUAAAACCAUUUGUUGAUCUUGCUGAGAAACUGGGGAGGCUGGCUGUCCAACUGGUUGCAGGAGGAAGUGGGGUAAAGACAGUCAAAGUGACUUAUGCUUCCGCUAGGGCCCCUGAUGAUCUUGACACACGUCUUCUUCGUGCUAUGAUAACAAAAGGUUUGAUUGAGCCCAUAUCCAGUGUUUUCGUGAACUUAGUUAACGCUGAUUUCACUGCUAAACAAAGAGGGCUAAGAAUAACCGAGGAGAGAGUUAUUCUUGAUGGUUCACCUGAGAAUCCACUUGAAUUCGUCCAAGUCCAGAUUGCUAAUGUUGAAUCUCGAUUCGCUAGCGCAAUAUCAGAUUCAGGGGAGAUCACUGUUGAGGGUCGCGUGAAAGAUGGUGUCCCCCAUCUUACAAAGGUUGGAUCUUUUGAAGUUGAUGUGAGUUUGGAAGGUAGCAUUAUAUUGUGCAGGCAGGUAGAUCAACCAGGUAUGAUUGGAAAGGUAGGAAGCAUCUUGGGUGAAGAGAAUGUGAAUGUGAGCUUCAUGAGUGUUGGAAGGAUUGCUCCACGAAAGCAAGCUGUGAUGGCAAUUGGCGUUGAUGAUCAACCACGAAAAGAAACUUUGAAAAGGAUUGGAGAUGUUCCUGCUGUUGAAGAAUUUGUUUUCCUCAAGUUGUAAGAUUAAAUGUUGUCUUGUCUCUCCUUUUUUUUUUUACUUUUUUUUUUGUAAUUUUUUUUUGGAUUGGGCAUGAUUGCUGAAUGUGCCCUGCCCGGUUUUGAUGUAUCAUUAUGAACACAAGUGAGUAGCGAGUCUUAGAGGGACGACAAAAAGAAUAACACUGACUUUGGAAUGAAUAGUGUGGUUUACUUGGUUAAGUGGAAAUUUCUGCAUGUUCAUUUUUAUUUGAAAA